UGACUAGCAGCCACAGGCAGCAGAGGUAGUGAGAAAGUGGAUUGGCUGCUGAGAGGCACAAUACUGUCUGUUCUUGCACUGCUGCCAGCUGAUGAAUCUUGAAUCUGAGCUGGAAGGUUUAGGCCGUAAGCCCUCCAAGCGCUUGGAGCUGGUGGAGGUCGAUGGAGUCCCUUUACUCAGUGGCUGUGCAGAAAGAUGGAGUCGCAUAUCAACCUUUAAAGCCCGGCCUGAUGACCUUCUAAUUUGCACAUACCCCAAAGCCGGGACCACCUGGAUGCAGGAAAUUGUAGAUAUGAUCCAGCAUGGAGGAGACCCUGAGAAAUGUGCUCAAGUCCCCAUCUACAAACGGAUGCCCUUCAUAGAGAUGUUUUCUCCCUUAUUCUCAUGCUUGGAAGAGGCAGAGGCAAUGCCCUCUCCACGGACACUCAAAUCCCACCUCCCGGUCCAGCUCCUGCCACCUUCCUUCUGGGAACAGAAUUGUAAGAUCAUUUAUGUGGCCAGGAACGCCAAGGACAAUGCAGUUUCCUACUUCCACUUCCACCGCAUGAACAAUAGGAUGCCAGAACCGGGAACAUGGGACCAGUUUCUGGAGAAGUUCCUUGCAGGGAAAUUUGCCUGGGGCUCUUGGUUUGACCAUGUUCGCGGUUGGUGGGAGGCUAAGGACUCUCACCAGAUUCUCUAUCUCUUUUAUGAAGACAUGAAAGAGGACCCAGCCUCAGAGAUUCGGAAAGUAGCCCAAUUUCUGGACCAAGAACUUCCUGAACCAGUUUUGAACCGGAUCAUGGAGCACACGGAAUUCAAGAGCAUGAAAGCAAACCCACUGGCUAAUUACAGCACGAUGCCUGGUUAUAACCACUUGUUGUCAGCCUUCAUGAGAAAAGGUGCCGUAGGAGACUGGAAGGCGCACUUCACAGUAGCUCAAAGUGAACGGCUAGAUGAUAUCUGUGCCCAGUUAUUGGGGGACAGUGGCCUGACCUUCCGCACACAACUAUAAGUGCCCCUCAUCAAGACUUUCAUUAAGAAAAACAUACCUGGAGCUUUGGCCCGCAUUAAAUAAAAGAAACCAUGAAAUCGCAAGCAAGGACCACACAAGAGGGAUGUGUGGGUGUGUCUUUUAACAUUUAUCAUUUUCUCAUUUGUUUUCAUUGGUGAAUGAAUUGUUUGUGAAUUAAAA